GGAGCACAGAUUGUACUGAUGGCUGGAGUCUGCAGUCAUCGCAGAGCAAAUGCUAUGAAUCUGAACAUGAUAAAGUUUUUCUGGAGAGGAUGGUGAUUACAAGACACAACCUGGUGCCAAGUGAAAGCAAACAUCAUAACUGUAUGGAAAACAAAGAUGAUUUUGGCAAGAAAGCUGAAUUGGAAAUGUGUCUGGAACCUCAAGAAGGAGAAAAGCCAUGCAGGCUUAAUCACAGCAAUAAUUUAAUGCUUCACUUUAGUGGCCUGACUCAUCAGUUAAUUCACAUUGGCAAAGGAAGAAUGAAUAUGUCAGCAAUAAAUAAGCAAGUAUACAAUGGAAAGGAACUGUGUAAAUAUGCCAUACAUGACAAGGGUUUUACAGAUAAAGUAAAAUUAGCAGCAAAUAACAUUACUCCUGUUAGACAAAAACCCUCAAACUGUACCAGCCAUGAAAAACAUUUUACAAAGAAGUCAAGAGUAGAAAAACAUCAGUGUAAUCACACUGGGCAGAAACCUUAUACGUGUGCUACGUGUGGAAAGGUGUUUACACGGAAGGAUGCCAUGGUAAGUCAUCAGUACACACACGCUGGGCAGAAACCUUAUAAGUGUGCAACAUGUGGAAAAGAGUUUGCAUGGAAGAAUGCCAUGGUAAGACAUCAGUAUACACACACUAGGCAGAAACCUUAUAAGUGUGCUACAUGUGGAAAGGGGUUUAUACAGAAGGGUGAAAUGGUAAGACAUCAAUAUGCACACACUGGCCUGAAACCUUAUAAAUGUGCUACAUGUGGAAAGGGGUUUACACAGAGGUCUAGCAUAGUAAGUCAUCAGUGUAUACACACUGGGCAGAAGCCUUAUAAGUGUGCUACGUGUGGAAAGGAGUUUGCGUGGAAGGAUGCCAUGGUAAGACAUCAGUAUACACACACUAGGAAUAAACCUUAUAAGUGUGCUACAUGUGGAAAGGAGUUUGCAUGGAAGGAUGUUAUGGUAAGACAUCAGUAUACACACACUAGACAGAAACCUUAUAAGUGUGCUACAUGCGGAAAGGGGUUUAUACAGAAGGGUGGAAUGGUAAGACAUCAAUCUGCACACACUGCUCUGAAACCUUAUAAGUGUGCUACAUGUGGAAAAGGGUUUACACAGAAGGCUUCCAUGGUAAAACAUCAGUAUACACACACUCAGCAGAAACCUUAUAAGUGUGCUACAUGUGGAAAGGGAUUUGCACAGAAGGAUUAUAUGGUAAGACAUCAGUAUACACAUACAGGGCAGAAAGCUUAUAAGUGUGCUACAUGUGGAAAGGGGUUUAUACAGAAGGGUGCCAUGGUAAGACAUCAGCAUGCACACACUGGUCUGAAACCUUAUAACUGUGCUACAUGUGGAAAGGGGUUUGCAUGGAAGGAUUCCAUGGUACGACAUCAGUAUACACACACUAGGCAGAAACCUUAUAAGUGUGCUACAUGUGGAAAGGGGUUUAUACAGAAGGGUGCCAUGGUAGAACAUCAGUAUUCACACACUGGUCUGAAACCUUAUAAGUGUGCUACAUGUGGAAAGGGGUUUCUACAGAAGGGUGCCAUGGUAAGUCAUCAGUAUGCACACACUGGUCUGAAACCUUAUAAGUGUACUACAUGUGGAAAGGGGUUUCUACAGAAGGGUGCCAUGGUAAGUCAUCAGCAUGCACACACUGGUCUAAAACCUUAUAAGUGUACUACAUGUGGAAAGGCAUUUCUACAGAAGGGUGCCAUGGUACGUCAUCAGUAUACACACACUGGUCUGAAACCUUAUAAGUGUACUACAUGUGGAAAGGGAUUUGCACAGAAGGGUACCAUGGUAAGACAUCAGUAUACACAUACGGGGUAGAAAGAAAGAGGAAGUGUCUAAAUACUUGGGAAGUGAUGAAGGAUCAGCAAUAAAACAUGAACAA